AUGUCAUUGAAUACCCAAGAAGUCUUUCGUGGAUCUGGUGUAAACCCAACGCAACCUCCCGCAUCACAACCUCCCGCAUCACAACCUCCCGCAUCACAACCUCCCGCAUCACAACCUCCCGCAUCACAACCCGCAUCACCCCGCAUCACAACCUCCCGCAUCACAACCUCCCGCAUCACAACCUCAAAUUCCCAUCGACACCAGCCUGGUGCCACUUUGGACCCAAGAUCUGUCUUUUUCGCAUCGCUAUCUUCUCCUAGGGGCUCCGGCUCUACCCCCAGCGACUCCAGACAUUCGCAUAGACACUCUGAACCUCCUCCCGAACAUUCUACACACUCGUCUAGGGAGCCUGGAGCUUCGUCUAGGAAGCGUGAUGCCGAUAGAACACAAGAACAUCCUGCUCGAGGAGACAAGGCACAAAAGACUUUGGGUAUGCUCGUACCCAGCAGUUCUCAAUUGCCCAGGGCCUCUGAAGGUACUCCAUUGCCCCACGCUAACAGGGCAGGAGCCGGCCAGCCCAACGGAGGAGCAGGAUUUUUCCAAUCGGAUACAGCAUUGGGAUCUGCCCAACUACACAGAGAAUCGGGAGCUUUUCAACCCGGUGGAGGAUUAGCAACCGUCCAGUCCAGCGGAAGAAGAGCGGCCCAAGCCAGUGGAUGGGUAGAAAGUGCCCAACAUACCGGAGCGCUAGCAAAUGUUCAGCGGCCUCGAAUGUUUAGUAUUAGACACUCUGGCGGAGGGCUGGCAGCAGCUCAGCCCGAAAGGAGAUCAGAAAAUGCCCAGCCAGGCGGAAGGUUUGGAGCCGCUCAGCACGGCAGGGGAGUGGAAACAAUCCAAUCCCACCCGGGCUUUGAAGCUUUUGCAUCUCCUAGCGCAGGACUAACAUAUGUCCAAUCUGGUGCAGGACGGGGAAUCCCUCCACCUCGUCCACCCCCGGGAUCCCCACCCCCCUUUCGCGGAGGACCAGGAAAUACCCAGUCUGGCAGAGGGUUUGGAGAUCCUCAACCCCCUACCGGUGUGCCACAAACUAUGCAACUAGCUAGAGGAUAUGGUGUGUACCUACCCCCUCUAGUACCUGGAGCUCCUCUCUCUGAGGCAGGAACAGGAGGUUCUCCAUCUCGCCGCGCUAGUACAGCAGAAGAAUUCCCGUCCGGCAGAAGAUCAGGAGCUAACCGGGUCAGCGGAACGCCAGAGAAUAAUCUGACUCGGACACAGUUAGAGGCUGGGCCCCUCCCAGGACUGGAACCUUUUCAGACUGCCGGAGGAAGAUCGCAAGCUGUGCCAUACACCAACAGGCAAGCCGUCAGACUCCCACGCGCCACCGGAGAAGUCCCUACUUCUCGACCCGUAAAUAGAACAGCUUCCCCGUCCCCAAACAUGACUUCUGGAGCUGCUACUUCUCAACCCGCCACUAGUGGAGCUUCUCCAUCCCAAAACAAUACAAGAGGUGUUGACACUCCUCAGCCUGGCACUAGUGAAGCGUCCCCACCCCGGAGGACGGGCAGGAGUGCUGCCACUCCCCCAAACGCUCCUGGAGGCACUGCGCUUUCUCAACCAGCGAGCCAAGGAGCUUCGCCUUCCCACACGGUUGCUAGGGGAGCCGCUACCCCACAACAGACCGCCGGAGCAGCUGCCAAGUCUCAGGCCGUCACUGGCGCAACCCUUGCAAACGCCGAAAUAGUCGGCAUAAUAGAAGGAUAUUUGUUCAAGAUGGAUAAGUUCCUCGAGUCUGCGAUGCCAACACCUGAAGCUCUCCAACAGAGCCGGUGUUUGCGACAAGCCGUCAAAGGCGUCCGAGAAGUCCGUGCGAAACUUGAACAGAAAUACGAGCAAAGUCUUACACGGGAAGCUCGAAGAAUAGAAAUAAAGCUAGAAAUAGAUGAUGUCAAAAAGCUCGAUCAGGCUGCUCGUAAUGAGGAAAAAGAGGCUUGCCGGAAAGCUGAAGAGGCUCGUGCUCGUAGGGAAGCGGCCGCCGCUGAGGCUAUCCGGCUGGAACGGGAACAUAAUGCUAUUGGCGAUAGCUCAAGCAGAGAAGGGACUCCAGAGGCAGGUCCUCCUGGGCCUUAA